UGUGGGAGAGGCGGGUAUGUUUCCAUCAUGGCGGCGUCGAUUUCGGGUUAUACUUUUAGUUCUGUGUGUUAUCACAGCGCUAACAGCAACUCCGACCAUGAGGGAUUCCUGUUGGGAGAAGUGAGGCAAGAGGAGACUUUAAGCAUAAGUGACUCUCAGAUUAGUACUUCAGAAUUCCUGCACAUAGUAGAGGUCCAUAACCAUGAACCAUGUGCACAGCUCUUUAGCUUUUAUGACUACGCAGGUAAAGUCAAUGAAGAAAAUCUCAACCGAAUCCUCAAAGACAGAAGAAAAAAUGUUAUUGGCUGGUACCGGUUCCGCAGGAACACGCAGCAGCAGAUGUCAUUCAGGGAACAGGUGAUCCAUAAGCAGCUCACACACAUACUGGGCAUCCCAGAUCUCGUCUUCCUUCUCUUCAGCUUCAUCUCAACAGCUAACAGUUCAACACACGCACUAGAGUACGUUCUCUUCAGGCCCAACAGAAGCAGGUAUAAUCAGAGGAUAUCUCUGAGCAUCCCAAACCUGGGCAACACCAGUCAGCAGGAGUAUAAAGUGUCUUCUGUCCCCAACACCUCCAAGAACUACGCCAGUGUUAUUAAAGAACAUGGAGCCGAGUUUUUUGACAAGGAUGGAGUGAUGAAAGAUAUUCGAGCCAUUUUCCAGGUGUACAGUGCCCUUCAGGAGAAAGUGCAGGCUGUUUGUGCGGAGGUGGAUCAAAGCGAGCGAGUGAAGGAGAAAAUCCAGGAGGAAGUUAAAAAGCUGAAAGAGGAGAUUGCGCUGAGAAAACGUAGCACCACUGCAGAGGAGAGGAGAAACCAGGAGUCUCUGAAUUCUGACAUCCAUUCGCUGCGGGAUGAUUCGGUUCUGUCUGAUUCGUCCCCUCCCUCACUGACACGCGUGGCUCUCCAGAGCCCUCCGCUAGAGCCGAGCCUGGAUUGGCAUGCCAACUCUGAGCCUGCAGCACUUUACACCAACGAGCUGGCACCCGACCCACCCAGUGCCAUCCUGCUGCCCCGCCCCCAAGCUGUAGGCUCACCUGGACAUCCCUCACCUAGUCCAGGCAUAGGCAUGGGCAACGGGGACGGCUCCAGCUCCGACUCUCUAAACCGGCACACCAUUGGCCAGGAAGACCACGAUGACGACGAAGAUGAUGAAGAUGAGGACAGUAGUGAAUAUGAGAACUUGGUUAGCGAGCGGUUUCAAUCCCCUCAUUUAACUGAAUCUUUAGGACGGCCGGCCACACUCUGGCCUGACGGAGACGCUCAUAGCGCCAGUGGCUCGUCCUGAUCCAGCACACAAAUUAGAGGAAAAAGGACAAAUGGACAGAGCUAGGCAUUAUGGGAAAAGAGAGAGGAGGAAAAAGAGGGCUGAGAAAGAAUGGCAGGUGACCACUGUAUCUCGCUGCAGGACGGCAGCAGGGGAGAAUCCCUCCCUCACACCCGCCAUUUUAAUCAAGUGAACCCCCCCUCUCUCUCUCUCUCUCUCUCUCUCUCUCUCCAUAUUCUUAAUUUCUCUCUCUUUCUCAUCUCCUCAACGCUCCUUAAGAGGAAAGACGUCAUCCCACGUAUCGAUUACUUAUAAGCACUGCUACUGACCUAGAUCAUGCGAUUAUUAGCAUUUACCUCUUGCACUAUUUUUGGCCUUCUCUCAAUUCACGUUCAAGUAGAAAAAGCAAAGGGAACGAUGUCUUCUGCGGCCUUCAAACUCAUCUUCGUGUGAGCUUUCUUGCCACCGUCAACUGUUUCUCAGUUUGACUUCACAAAACUGACUGAUUUUAUCCUCAUACAUUAAAAACUGAACUCUCGCUCUACAGUAA